GGCGGGAUGGCCGGCAACACGCUCGACGCUUCAGAAUAUUUCCUCGCGGUCUCAACCUUCUCUGUCGACUAGUUUGCUCUGCAUUUCGGUCAAUUGAUGGCCAAUUGUCUCCUGUAUUCUGUGUAUGGCGCCGAAUAAUCUAUAUCUUGCUUGAAUAAAAAAGUGUAUCGCAUAUCGAGAGUGCAAAUAUGGCGAAGGAGAGCGAUAAAUCAGCAACCAAGGCGGUACGGAAGAACAAGGCCAAGUUAGAUCGGUCAGGUCUUUUGUCGACAAUCGUACCCGUGUGGUUCCUGCUAUUGAACGUCGCAGGUCUGGCGCUGUUCAGCCUCGGGUUUCUUUUGACUCGGCCGGUCCUUCCUGACAUUGCUGUCAAAUCUGAAACGUACUCAGAUCCAGCAGUCGUGUUGCCGAAGCCUUUCCAACGAGUUGUCUUCAUUUUGAUUGAUGCUCUAAGAGAGGAUUUCAUCACCGGCAGCGCUCCCGCAGAUAGCUACAUCUCAACCCUUGUUACGCCUGCAAAGUACGCAGAGUCGCAACCCGAGAAUGCCGCGGUCUUCAAGUUUAUCGCGGACCCACCCACUACCACAUUGCAACGUUUGAAGGCUCUUACAACGGGUUCAUUGCCUACAUUCAUCGAUGCAGGAUCCAACUUCAACGGUGCCGCAAUCCUUGAAGACUCGUGGGUUAGCCAGCUUCUGGCAAAGAAUGGAUUUGAUCGAAUUGCAUUCGCUGGUGACGACACAUGGGUCUCGUUAUUUCCUGCACUGCUAAACGGGACUGAUAGCUCGAUCAACAAGACGUUUCCCUACGAAUCGUUCAACGUGCUAGAUAUCCACACUGUUGACAACGGUGUCACCGCUCAUCUAGCACCCUUGCUUGAACGUCGUUCUGAGUGGGACGUACUGAUCGGCCACUAUCUCGGUGUGGACCACACGGGACACCGUUAUGGACCCAACACUGAAGUAAUGAAGGACAAACUUGCUCAGAUGGACGAUGUUGUCAAGAGCGUCAUCAGCGCUAUAGAAGAUGAUGAGGACACAUUGCUCGUAGUCCUCGGCGACCAUGGCAUGGACGAAAAGGGAGAUCAUGGAGGUGACUCUAAAGGAGAGAUUGAGGCCGGCCUAUUCAUAUACUCGAGUCGACCAUUCUUGGCUCCUUCGGAUGAAAUUACGACCGUCAACCAGAUCGAUAUCGUACCAACUCUAUCUCUCCUACUCGAUAUUCCUAUUCCAUUCAACAGUCUUGGCUCGCCUAUCGCCUCCGUUUUCAAGGGUCCCAAGUCAGACUUUCAUCAACUAGCAUCCGCCUCGCGCAUUGUCUCCGAGCAGAUCAACUCGUACCGCUCGCGUCAUCCCUCGUUUGCCAACUCGACCGACGUCUCCAUACUUUUCAACGAGGCAAACCUGGCAUGGGUUAAUCAAGAUUAUGAGAAAGCUAGCUCAUUGUAUCUUGCUUUCCAGUCAGCAAACGUGAAUGCAUGCCGAGACAUGUGGGCGCGCUUCGAUCUGGUUUCAAUGACUUUGGGUAUAGCUCUGUUGGUCGCUACUUUUGCCACUAUGAUUGCAUUCUAUGCUAUAUUCAAUGGUGAUAGUGCAUGCGCGUCUGACUACCUUAGUAUGUUUUUCAAGCGUAUUGUGCUUGGGACGGCUAUUGGUACCUUGGGUGGCUACGGAUCGACUGAGUUUGUUCUUUCCGAUAGAACGUUGAUUGUCACGGUGUUUGGAGCGUCAGUCGGAAGUUUGCUUGGAUUCCUGAGCUGUCUUUUGAGAAUGCGCAAGUCUCUUCCAUCGAUCAGCCUUCCUUCGAAAUGGACAACUCUAGCGCUGGUAUACACUGCAGCCCACGGAAUGCUUUUCGCAUCCAACUCGUACGUUGUCUGGGAAACCCGAUCGCUAUCGUAUUUGCUUGUCACGUUCGGCUUCAUUCUCUUGGCUGCGAGCUUUGGAAUCACUGAUCCCAUCCAGCGAGGAACCACUGUUUACAACUCUGUGAUGUUCAUCAUCCUUGCCCGUGCUGCGGAAUAUCCAAAGCUCUGUCGCGAGGAGCAGCUACCCUUUUGCACUAGCAAUUUCUACUCAUCUCCGGAUUCGUCAGUGUCGUCAGUGACUGUGAUUAUUAUACUUUUCUUGGUUCCAAUUGUUCUUCCUUCCGUCAUACGGUCAUUCCUUAGAACAUCUGCCUCUGAUGAGGGCUCAGCAAAGGCAUGGAUAGGAGCUGGACUGCGCCUGGCUCUUGCCUUGGUCGGACUUUACUGGACUCUUGAUUAUGCCGAAAUGGAUCCGCGAUCGAUCACAGCGCCUGAAGACAUUCGUCCUUUCAAGUAUAUGAUUUCGAGACUAUUGAUCGGUAUCGCACUUAUUGGUGGUCCAUUGGCGUGGUUCCGUGCCUCUCCACUCUGCCUUCGCGUUGAAAUGACGAAUAACCAAGAACUCAUCAAGCGCGCGGCGGAGGAAGGUGACAUUGAGACUGUCGAGAAGACGAAGCCGGUAUCGGUGGAGAUUUUAGGAUUUGCAAACGCUUACGGAAGUCUCUAUCUGUUGCUUUUCCUCUGUCUCUAUGCAGGCGUUGCAUUGUGCAACAAGCCUAUGGGUGGAAUUGCGCUGGCGGGAAUGAUUUACCAAAUUCUAACGCUUCUCGAGAUCAGCGACGCUCUUGAUAUUCCUCAAAAGAGCGUGCUUUUGAUUCCUACUAUCCUCGGUUUGAUGGGCACGCAAUACUAUUUCGCUACUGGUCACCAGGCAACUCUCGUAUCCAUCCAAUGGGACGUCGCGUUCCUGUUUACAGAAACGACAAAGCCCCCAUUGCCUCAUAUUGCCUUGAUCUUGAAUACCUUUGGACCAUAUAUCUUAGCAGGAUUCGCCGCUCCACUGAGCGUGCUAUACAAGCUCUCACCAUCGCCAAAGGACUUUAGAGCAUCUGAGAUCACCCUCAGUAAAGUUCUAAGAUCCUCGAUCGGUAUGAUGAUCUAUACGACAUUGCUUACAGUUAUCAACUUUGUCAUGACCGCAGUGUUGCGGAGACAUCUUAUGGUCUGGAAAAUUUUCGCGCCGCGGUUCAUGCUUGCCGGCGGAGCAUUGAUUGCAGUCGAUGUCGCCGUCGUGUUGGCCACCUAUGCAGGUGCUAAAUCAGUUAGCAGCAUUUUCGACGUCUUUGGCUAAUCGAAACGGUUUAUACUCGGUUCGGGAGCUAUAUGCAUGAAGACAAGACUAUGUUUAUAAACGCAAUUUUUAUGAUGGGAUGAUUUUUGCAUCGAUGUAUAUUGCUUAACGAUGGUAUCACCUUAUCUUUAGUUUAUAAGUUUGGGUGUAUACAAUGUAUCAUAUUGGAAAUUUGAGA